UCUCCCUCGCAGAUCAAUCUGAUAAACCGUUGCCUAUUACGCAGGAGAUCCUAUAAACGGGUAGAGUGCGUCUUCUCCCCUUCCCAAAGCCUCGCGUUGGCCGAUCCACCUCCUCCCCCCCUUUCCACCUCCCCUCCUCUUCGUCUUCCAGGACCUUUUCUCACUCUCUCGAUCAGUCCACGAGGAGGGUGCCAAUGGUGGAACCCAUCGUCGCCGCUGGGAAGACACUGAACCAGCACCGGAGGAGGGUCGUCAAGGAGGAGGGAGAGGAGGCCGCGGCCGUGGCGAUGCCAAGAGUCCUUCGCGUCACGUUCGAGGAUCGGGACGCCACCGACUCCUCCAGCGAUGACUCGCCGCGGCAGGGACGCCGCUACAUCGAGGAAAUCUGCAUCGAGCAGCCGGCGAGGAUGACGGCGUCGCCGCAGCCGCAGCUUUCUCCUUUCCGGAGAGGGGCCAUCCUCGGCGCCAAGAGGAGGGCCGACACUGCGGAGGAACCCAAAUUUCGCGGGGUGCGCCGUCGGCCGUGGGGGAAGUACGCGGCGGAGAUCCGCGACCCCAACAAGGGGGUGAGGGUGUGGCUCGGCACCUUCGACACCGCGGAGGAGGCUGCCAUGGUCUAUGAUAGUGCCGCCCUCCGGCUUCGUGGGCCAUCUGCAACGACGAAUUUUCCUACUUCGCCGUCCCCUUCUGCUGAUCCUGAUCCUGCUCUCUUGACCGAUGCUGACGGUGAUGUCGGCCACUUCCUUGUGGCGGCCACAUACGAGGAGUCCAGCGAUGAGUCGCAGUUUGUUGGCUCGCCGGUCUCUGUCCUCAGGCCGCUCGAGGUGGUGGCGUCUACAGUGAAUGCCAAGCCUGAGGAGUCUACCGUUCCUGUUGGUUUGAAGAUUUCGGUGGACAUGUGCCGCAGAGGCGGCAACUACUCUCCGUUUUGCAACGCCGAUGUUAUUGUGCCGCCGGAGGACGAAGACUGCAUGUUCCCUGGCCUCUCAUUUGCUGCACCGACGAUUUUCGACGAUGAUGGUAUGAUGUCAUCACACCUUGACUACUAUGCAGCUAAUGUCGAGCCGUUGAGUUUAUUGGAGAUGGGUGAGCUUCCAGCGUGGCGAGAGGUGGAUGUCUUCUUUGAUGAUGUUUUGUCUGCCUCACCUCUCACUGAACUAUGAUUGAUCAGGAGUUCAUCACCUCUAUGUAUAGAUAAUAUACAAUUCUUUAUUUCGCGUUACUACUAUUUGUAAUGUCAUUAUUUAGUAUAUGUAUAAGUCAAAUUAUUUUGGUGUUGUGGUAGAUGAUGGUUAUUUCGUGAAGUCCGAUUAAGCAAAUUUGUCGACA